GUGUUCAUCGGACAUGAAUCGUUUGCACUGGAAAAGCCAAUGCCAAACAAUCACCGAUUUCGAUGGAUCUUGUUUGUGCGUCCGAUCGUUGGCAAUAAAUUCACGGAUAGGAGUUUUUUGAGCAAGGUGGAGGUCGAACUGCACCCCACUUUUACAAAUCCAUAUCGAGUUCUGAAAGAGCCACCAUUUGAAUUGGAAGAGACCGGUUAUGCGUCUUUCACACCAAAGCUCACAAUCUACUUCAAUACCCCUCAUGCAAAGCCAUAUCCUGUACAAUAUGAUAUGAAUCUCAAGCUAGGUAGGCUUUAUUCAUUUCUUUCCCCUUCCGAGAACGAGUCAAAAAAUCCUCAAACUGUCUACACAAAACAUUUACUUCAUGCAUACUUUUACUAA